GCUUGUGUAGUAAACUGAAGCCCUUUACCGAAUUAUGAGCGCCCUAAUCCGUCGUGUUCCUUCUCCGUAUCUGCUUGACAGUCGCAUUCAAUGGCAGCCAUCCGGAGAAUCGUCGGCUACACCAAUUCCGUAUCUCCCUUUCUUCUCAAUUUCCGCAGAGCAAUUUCUUUCAAGCUUUUCAUUGGCGGACUCUCUUUUCACACAACAGAGAAAACUUUAUCAGAAGCAUUCUCAAAUUAUGGACAAGUUAUAGAAGCUAAAGUUGUAACUGAUAGGGUAUCCGAGAAAUCCAAAGGGUAUGGUUUUGUUACUUUUGCUUCACAAGAUGAAGCUGAGAAUGCCAUAGCUGAGAUGAAUGAAAAGGCACUAAACGGACGUGUUGUCUUCGUCGACUAUGCAAAACCAGAUACCAAACGCAGUAUGGGAAUGCCGAUUGCAAGAGGGCCUCCUGAAGUUCUGAACAAACAAGAGAUAAUAGAUUCUCCUCAAGACAUGUGAGAUACGAUACCGAGGUUUGACAUACUCGAGUAAGCGAUGUGUUAAAAAUAGGAUUAAACUUCUCUAAGGUGAACCAUUUGCUACUUUAGAAUGUAAAGUAAGUAAUCUCAACGGAUAGCAAAUAAUGAAUGUUUUGGAAUAUCAUAGGUUGGUUGAGAUUGCGUACUUCACCAUUUAAAGUGAUUUGCUUACUUUGAAUGAGUCUAAUCAAUAGAAAUAGAAGUUUUCUUUCAUCAGUUAUUACUUGCAUGUGGAGGAAUGAGUGAGGUUUUUGAGGUUAUAUGUGGUAGGGGUUGAGCUCUUAUGAGCAAGCUUGUAUAUAAAAUGAUAAGAUAAGGAUGUGUAUUCAUCUCUAGAUUCUUGUAUGUUGAGAUUAUAUGAUAUAAUUUAAAUUAAGUCAACAAUGAAUAUGGUCUUAUUUACUCA